UCUAUUUUUGGGUUCAGUUGUUAGAGCUUCCAUGGGCACCAUGACGCAUUGGCUGAUUCUGGCCUGGCUGUUGGGCUUUUGUCAUUCAUGUUGCGCGGCCAUUACCGACUUGAAGUUAGUCACUUGCGAUGCUGAUCGUGCUUGUCCCGAUUAUCCAGGCUACAAAAAGUUGGCCCAGGAUUUAAAUCAAGGCACCGGUCUAACUGCCGUUUACUUGCACGUCAAAGAUUCCGAAGACGCACCGCCUAUCACCAAUCUUCAGCUUGUUGAAGGAUCGCACCCUCCAGUUAUACCAAAAUGGACUCGUCUGCCUGUCAAUCUCAAUGCUAAAAGUACCACAACCGAAGCAGACGAAAAUGACGACCAUGGUUUAUGGUUAUACUAUACCAAGGACACUUCCAUAUCACAUAAUCCGGUCUAUUCCAUCAUCAUUAAAAAAGGAUCUCAUCCUACUGUGUCCACUGAUUUUACUCGUCUACCCAUCAACCUCAACAAAGGCGUUGUUGGCGAAACCAUGUAUAUGUUUUACAGCACAGACGGUCCAAAAGAUCCAAUUAGUGCUAUUACAGCCAAAGCAUGUUUUACCAACGAUUGUUACAUGGAGGGAUGGUAUCGAGUUGAAAAGGAUGCUAAUAAGGACGUCUUUGUUGGCAUGCGUGUCUACCUUUUCUAUAAACGCGAUUGGAAAGAAGGGGUCGUGACAGACGUGGUGCUUGUGGUAGAUGGACAAACCGCACCAGAAGGCUAUGUGCGAGUGGAUACGGAUCUCAACUAUGUGACCCUCCGAGGAGACUCAAUUCACCUGUGGUACAAAGUAAAAGAAAAUCCAUCGGAAGAAGAUCGAAAGAAUGCUGUACAGGAAUUAGCAAUUCAGUACGGGAGCGAUACCGUCACGCCGGUUGGAUGGACCAAACUCGAUGUUGAUCUGAACAGCAAAGAUGAAGGCAGUGGCUCAUUUGGUGAACCUACCUUUCUGUAUAUCCGAAAAGGAUACACUGCUCUUCCGCCCCAACCGAAGCUCGUGUUUGACUCAAACGGAUCCUUCAAAAUUCUGCAAUUGUCUGAUUUGCACUUUACAAACGACCAAGGAAAAUGCCGCGAUGUACCAGCCACGAGAGAGUGUCAUGGGGAUGCCACAACGAUUGCACAAAUGGAAAAGUUGCUGGAUAAAGAGAAACCCAAUCUUGUUGUUUUCGGCGGAGACAACAUCGCCGGCGAUGAGGUCAGUGACGCUCGAGCGGCCACCUUUAAAUUUGCAGAACCUGUCAUUCAGCGCAAGAUACCAUGGGUAGCGGUAUUUGGUGAAACGGAUGAUCUAGGGGACUUGUCCCGAGAAGAGCUUUUUGAGGUGAUGCGUCGUAUGCCAUACUCCAUGAUGAAUCGUGCAUUUUUGCCGGCAUCUGGUGUAGGUAAUUUUGCACUGCAGAUAUUUUCAGCCAUGAAUGCAACUGAACAUGCGUUUACCCUUUAUUUUCUGGAUUCACAUGGAUAUCUCGACAGCAUUAAAAGAACCUACAUGGAACUCCAACAAGAUCAAAUGGAUUGGCUCCUGUCAACAUCUACCUCCUUCACAAAAGAUGAUUCGACCCCCAAUGCCAUGAUUUUCUUCCAUGUUCCUAUCUGGGAAUUUCACGAUGAGAAUGGACUGUACGAUGCAAAAUUGGGAGACCAACGGGAGUCAGUGUCCAGUCCCGAGAAAGAUGAUGUAGCGAUUAUCCAAACGUUCCAGUCGGCCGGUGAUAUCAAAGUUGUCGCUUGUGGCCAUGAUCACGUAAAUGAUUAUUGUCUUCAGCGCGACAAUCUUCAGUUGUGCUACAGUGGAGGAUUUGGUGUCGGUGGUUACGGUGCCGAGCACUUGGGCUGGCCUCGUCGUGCUCGGUUAUUCGAUCUGAAUGAUAAUGGCAACACCAUCCAUACGUGGAAACGUCUCGACAAUCACAACUUGACGAUGUUGCAUUUCCAAACCUUACUCUAACCACAACAUUGAAACAUAAACUUAAUACUAGUAUAUCAUUUUACAAUUUACUGCUCUAUGUAGAUUUUGGCUACUUUUAAUAUUCAUACAAUGCAU